AUGUUCAUCUGGAGCAAAGCCCCCGCGAGGGGCUUGGGGAAGGCUACAAACAAGCUUCCCAAGCGCGAUGACAGUGGUAAAGUCUUCGAAAAGAUCCAACAUGCGCGUCUCUCCACGUCCGCCCCCUACGUGCGGAAAUCGUCAAGCUCAGCGAAAGAGCGACAGCGCGCCGAACGCCAGCAGCUGACGCGCCUGCUGAAGGAGUCGCCCGGCAAACGCGAUGCGCGCAACUUUCUGAAGCAAUUCGAUGCGCCCAACAAGGGCAAAGCGGCCAUCGCAGUAAAGGCUAAGGAGCUGGUCAGCGACAAGAUACACAACGAGUCGGGUUCGCUGCGAACAGGCGUCAAUUUGGGCGACUUGUACAAGCCGACCGUCUUUACGCGCGAGCCGCUCCCGGAACAGGAGUAUCAAGCGGAACAGAAGGACGAGCCAACACAUCUGGCACUUGUCAAACUUCGCCAGCCACAGACGCUUGACGACCGCACGUUGGGAGAUAUCGCGUUGACAUUGAGUCAGAUGGCACAGCUGGGGCUCAGUACCGCCGUAGUACUGGACUGCGACCACGACACCGGCGCCUACAACACAGAGUUCACGCUGGAAUAUGGAAACAUGGUCAGAGAACAGGCUUUGCGUUUAGUGGCAGCGCUGGAAGAAUACAACGAGCCAGGAGGUCUGUUGGUAGAGGACGCUCUGGGCUGCACUCCAUCAGCCAACGACAUGCCCAGUACAGUCCAGGUGCGGGGAGGUGUAGAGGUUCAGCACAACUACCUACUCUUCCCACCCAUCGACGACGGUGUCAUACCAGUCAUCACGCCCUUCGCCUACGACACAAAUCUGAAAAAGGUUAGGGUUCAAGCAGACGACGUGCUUCUUGCGCUUGUCCGAGAGUUUGCUGGCCUCGCCGGUCAGACAGGCAGUAAUAGCCCAGUCGGCGGUGUACGGCAUAAAACAAGAGACCUUGUAGAAAUGCCUAUCUUGGACCGCAUCAUCAUCCUCGAUCCGCUUGGUGGCAUACCAUCUGAAAAACGAGCAGAUGGCGCCCAUGUUUUCGUCAAUCUGGAGGCCGAGUAUCGCGACAUCAAGAAGGAGCUACUGCAGCUAUCGUCAGCAAUCCCGGAUGACAAGACCCAAAACUCAGUAUCGCUUGGUACUGGGAAUCCAUUCUCAAAGUUUGUCGAGGAAGAAGUGGCAUCAAUACCAGGCGCAGAGCCACAGCAGAUUAGCAACUCGGCUCCGAUGCGCCAUCUGAAGAAUCUCGACGUGCUCGAGCGCGGCCUAAAGCUGCUACCUCCAUCCUCAUCUGGCCUUGUUCUUACACCGCUAGAAGCUGCAAGGAAGGCUAUACCCGAUGAUGCGCGCACCUCGCCUGCGAAGAAUCCUCUGCUGCACAACGUGUUGACCGACAAGCCAAUGACAUCCUCAUCGCUCCCGACAUCACCAACUUCUCGUUUCUUGGGAUCGACUACACCAAACCCUGCCACAUUCUUCAAAAAAGGCAUACCUCUUACCAUGAUACCAGACCCGCGAAUUCACGGACCAUGGCAGCCACCUUCUGCAGCAAACCCAAGCAUAGAGCUAGCAGAUGACCCCCGCAUCAACUUUCCCAAACUUGUCGAUCUUAUUGAUGACUCAUUCCGACGAAAACUUCAUCCCAAGAACUACCUUCAUCGUAUCCGCGGCCGUCUUGCCGGCAUCAUCAUAGCGGGUGACUAUGAAGGCGGCGCAAUCUGCACAUGGGAGACGCCCAAAUCCCUCCAUGGACUCGACUUUCCCGUCAACCCAUCCCCAGAUUCACCCUACUAUGUCCCCUACCUCGAUAAAUUCGCCGUCCUCACUUCUUCGCAAGGCUCUGGUGGCGUUUCAGACAUCGUCUGGGCCGCUCUGACGCGGACAUGCUUUCCUGAUGGUGUGGUCUGGAGGAGUCGGACUAGCAAUCCUGUGAACAAGUGGUAUCAGGAGAGGAGCAAGGGUAUGUGGAACUUGCCAGGUGAUCAGUGGACCAUGUUCUGGACUACACAGGGUGUCGAGAAUGGGUGGAACGCUGAGGAGUGGGGUGGGAUGGACAGGCAAAAGGAAUUGAGGAGGUGGGAUGCCUAUGUGGAUGUUUGUAGUGGUAUCGAACCGAGCUGGGCAGACGGUAUACAGAGAGUGGAUUAG